UGUAAUUAACUAAUUAUGUAAGACUGUAAGAGUGUUAAGUACUCGUAUUUUUAUAGGAGUAAUGUCUAAUUAGAAGUUCCUUGCAAAUUAAGCUCAUAUUUGAUUAUUUAUAUAACUUAAUCAAUUUGACUUCAUCAUGUAUAAAUCAAGUACCAUGUUUGUUCGCCAAUCGCUAUCUUUCUCAGAUCGCAUCUUGUAAAUUUAUCUCAAAGUAGAUUAUUUGAAUCUUCUUCUCAGCAAUUCAAUCCCAAAUCACUUAAAAAUUAAACUUUGUAAUUUAUUUUUUUUACUUUAAACUGUAAGUCUGUUGCAGGAGAUAGUAUGAAUGCUGAAGAGAAGUUUUUUAAGUUGGGAUUCAGCUAGAGCUUUAGAUUGAGUACUACAUGUUUGAUGAAAUGCUUGAAAGAGGAAAGACUAAUGUAAUGAUGAAUUGGUGGAGUACUGUUAGUAGGAGACUUAAGGCUACUUGGGGACUGAAAAACCGUCUGUUAGUAAUGGCAAUUGGGGUUGUUGUAAUUGUUGGGUUUGCAUUACUUUUAUCUCUUGGACCGCGAAGCAAAAGGGCAGUCGGUUUAACGGAAGAAUGUCGAAUUCCUGCCAUUUACAACUUUGGUGACUCUAAUUCCGAUGCUGGUUGUGUGUCAGCUGCAUUUGGACGUGUUCCAUAUCCGAAUGGUAUUUCAUUCUUUGGCAAACCUUCUGGAAGGUAUUGUGAUGGGCGGUUAAUGAUUGAUUUCAUUGCCGAGAAGUUGGGAUUGCCUUUUUUGAGUGCAUAUUUGGAUGCACUUCAAGGAAACUUUCAGCAUGGUGCUGAUUUUGCUGCAAGUGGGACCACUAUUCAGCAUGUUGACGGGAAGCUGUUUGGAGGUGGUCUUAAUCCUCUUUCCCUCGAUGUACAACUUUUGCAGUUUGAAGGGUUGAAAGAACGGACUAGUGAACUAUCUGCACAAGAUGACACUAAGAGCCGCUUCCCAAGACUUGAAGACUUCUCAAAGGCCCUAUAUACAUUAGAUAUUGGGCAAAAUGACCUUCAUCAUGCGUUAACGACUAUGACAGAGGAUGAAGCUCGUGAAACUAUUCCCAAGCUUGUAAAUCAGUUCGCAAUGGCAAUAAAGAAACUUCACAGUUUAGGAGGCAGGACAUUUUGGAUGCAUAACACUGGCCCUAUUGGUUGCUUGCCAUAUAUUUUGGUGAAGUAUCCUCCCCAGCCUGGAAAUGUUGAUGAAGCUGGUUGUGUCAAGUCUUACAAUGAGGUAGCCAAAGAGUUUAACAAGCAACUCAAGAAUAGGAUUUCUGAACUGCGGACUCAACUCCACGAUUCCCUUUUUGUAUAUGAUGACAUUUACUCAGCUAAAUACUCACUUAUUAGUGAAUCAAAGAAAUAUGGUUUUGUUGAUCCACUCGGAUUCUGUUGCAAGCAUACUGGUAAUUAUUCUAGUUUGCAUUGUUGGAACAAAGCAGAAGUGAACGGGACUGCAGUUUAUGCAACUCCGUGCAGUAAUCCUUCAGAAUACUUAAGUUGGGACAGUAUACAUUACACCGAGGCCGCCAAUCGAUGGGUUGCAAAUCGUAUUUCAGAUGGGUCUCUCUCUGAUCCUCCUGUACCACCCAUGGCUAGUUUAUGUAUGAAAUCUUCCCUUUGAGCUUCAUUUCUGCCCUAGUCGCAAAAACAUCCUCUCCGCCACUCGUCGGAACUCUCUUAACCCUUGUCGGAGGCUGUCACACUUCCCCCAUCCCUCGAAAUCCUUCAUCACCGCCCCUGUUUUGAUUGAGCGAUGAAGUUCAUUUCGAUCUAGGGUUUUUUCGGGGCUAAUUGCGAGGGGGUGGGGAUCGAACCCAGAAUCUCUGGUUUCGUAGACCAGUGCCUUAUCCAUUGGGCCAUGAAGUCGAAUUUACUGUUGUGUUGAUUUAAACUCUCAGCAAAAUGUAUAUAUACAUUUUCACAUUUUGUCAUGUUCGUUCUUUUUACCCUGUACUCUUAACUUUUACUACCAGUAAAUUUUAUUUUUAUUCUCAUUCAA